CAUGGAGAUACAUAAACCGCCAACAAUUACACGGGAAAGAGAAGAAGAUAACGAUGAAAACCAGUAAACAAGAACACAAGCAAAUGUGCGGCAAUCUAAAGCUGCCACAUACAGCGAACAAAAGUGAAAAAAGGGAGUUAGUGAGCUCCCCUGGUAGUUUAAAAGUGGGUUCAGCGGGUGUAGAACCAAACCAAACGGAGCUCCGAGAGGAACAGUCCGAGGAGGAGGAUAUUUACCAACUCCCCACACUUCUUAGCUUAAUUGUACAGAGCUAUGAGGGGGAAACCUGGGAAGGACAGUUUCAUGGAGAAGGGGUUGCUUGUUUUGAAGGAGGCCUAACGUACAAGGGCAUGUUUUCCAAGGGACUCAUGGAUGGAUGUGGUGUCCUCACACUGGCAGACGGAUUGAAAUAUGAGGGAGAAUUUGUGUGUAACGUGCCCACGGGCCUGGGUACCUACACCUGGCCUGAUGGCAGCUCCUAUAAGGGGGAAGUGUACAAAGGUAUACGACAUGGGACUGGAACCUACAAAUGUGCCAAGAAUGGUUUGUCAUACACAGGGCAGUGGGAUCAGGGCAAGAGGCAUGGAAAGGGUGAAGUGUAUUAUAACCCCGAUAAGACCUCUUGGUACAAAGGAGAUUGGGUGAAGAACAACAGAGAGGGAUGGGGAAUAAGACGCUACCCCUCUGGUAACUUAUACUCUGGUGAGUGGAAAACCAACCUGAGACAUGGAGAGGGCACGAUGAGGUGGCUGAAACUGGGACAGCAGUAUGUUGGGAUGUGGCAGAAUGGAGUCCAGCAUGGCCGAGGCACACAUGUCUGGAUCCGGAGGCCAGCGGAUGGAUCCCUGUAUUUCCAGAGCAAUCAGUAUACAGGGGAUUUCGUUCGGGGUCAGAGGCACGGACAGGGGACCCUUUACUAUGCUGGUGGUGCGAUCUAUGAAAUUGGAUGGAGGAAUAAUAAGAAACACGGGAAGGGAAAAUUCACUUCUGAGGAUGGGCAUGUUUUUGAAGUAGAGUUUGUGGACGAUCUGAUGAUGACACACAACCUGAAUGGAAACAAAGCUCCCACUCCUCUGUCUGAACCCAACAUCUCUUUGGACAUUGAAUAUCUUUUGGAGAAAAUCCCUAAGAGAAAGCAUGACAUCGAGCGUAAACAGGUGGAGGUUGAGGUGCUGAAGCAAGACAGUGAGCUGAGGUCCAUUUAUAGUUUCUACAAAAGACUUGGCCAUGCCCACUCCUCAAAUAGCACUUUCCACCUGUCCCGCCUGCAGCUCUGGCGCCUUCUCAAAGACUGCAACAUCCACCAUUACAACAUCACUCUGACACAGAUAGACCAUAUGAUCAGAGAGGAUGCCACAACAGCAGAGAUUCACUCUCCUUUCACUCCCAUGCUUCUGCAUAGGCUCAUCAGCUGUCUAGUGGCUGUGGCCUACCACAUUUUCCAUAAGGACACGAUAUCCCAAAAUAACCUUCUGGCUGCCUGCUUUUCCAAACUGAUGACAGACAACAUCCUUCCUAAUGCUAAGAAUGUAAAAGGCUUCCUGUUUAGGCAGCCAGACUGUGCAGUUGUGGCUAUGAACUACUUAAAGAAGAGCUAUGAAGUCUUUCAGACUUACUGCAAAGUCAAUGCAGCACCCAGAGAUGACCAGACCAUGACUUGCCGACACCUCCUGUGGAUGUUCAGGGAUCUCCAUCUGCUGGACAAUAACCUGACCACAGCGAGAUUGCUGCAGGUCAUCACUGCAGAGAGCCGUGACCACAGAAACCUGUCUUCCUGUUUGGAUCUGGAGAUUACAUUCCUGGAGUUUUUUGAGGUACUUUUGGGCUCUGCUGAGGUAAAGGUUCAGCCUGUUUCUGAAGACCUAGAAGUGAAGUGUCAGCCAGUUUCUGAAGACCUGGAGGUGAAGGGUAAGCCUGUUUCUGAAGACCUGGAGGUGAAGGGUCAGCCUGUUUCUGAAGACCUAGAGGUGAAAUGUCAGCCAGUUUCUGAAGACCUGGAGGUGAAGGAUCAGCCUGUUUCUGCAGGCCUGGAAGAGGGCCAGUCACCGUCCAGCCCUGACACUGAGGCCAGGAGGGAUCUCCCUGAGGUGGCCAGCAAGAACAUCUUGCAGACUCCAAACAGCCCUUCCCAGUCGGUGGCAGCUCCGGUGAAUUCCCCCAUCACUCCUGAAAUCUCCAGCUCCCAGUCACUGGAGACAAGGGACAAAGCAGGACUAUCCACUGCUGAAGAAGUGGAGAGUCAACAAGACGACAAGACUAAAGUCAACGAGAAACCUCAGGCAGCAGUUAAGUCCAGUCAUGGUGGUGAUGAGGAGGAAAAUGAUGAAGAAGAAGAGGAGAGCUGGCAGGAGGAGUAUGAAGCAGGAGGAACCAGCAAAGAUACAGUGAAAGCUGAAGGAAAGGGCGUGCUAACCAGAGGAGUGGAGGCCAAAGUCUGUGACGUGGAGCUCUGGAACCAGAUGAUCCAUCAAUUCUUUAACCACUGUUUCUUCCCGGCUUUUGAACAUAACCAAUUAGUGUUAAAAAACAUUAAGGAGGACCAGCUCCGCCAGGGGGCCCAGAGACGCAUCGCUCUGGCCAAGGCCCGACAAACAACCAGCCAAUAAUACAAUUCUUGCCAUUCCCCGCUAAAAUUGAUUCAUUUUUGAUCUGUCAGUUUACAGUAUAAAUAUUAGUCAAUGUUUUAGUUAUGUCAUUUAUUAUUAUUAUUCAUAGGAUUUAACCAGGUACAACAGUAGUGGUGGCACUCAAUUUAAGAUUCCUCUACACUGAAAAGUUUACAUUAUGUAUUGUGGGUUUAUGGUGUGGAGAGAGAGAUAUAGAUAUAUAUAGGGGCUAUAGUAGGGGCUGAAAGAUUUGAUUGACCAGCUUUGAAAUGAAAUUAAAGCCAAGCAUCUACAUGAACACAACCACUAGAUGGCAGCUUAUCACUUUCCAUACCUGUGACUCCCAUUCCAGUAUUACCUCUGGCUUGCAUGUAAACUGUCUUUAUCCAAGUCCUCCUACUGCUUCUGUGCUAAUAGGAAUGUGACAUAGACAUGUAGUGCUCCGUGUUGUACUGUAUUGUGUUACAGGGAACAAGGAGGCUGGUAAAUGUCACAAGAUGCAUCUUAGAAACACGAUAAAGCCAACUGUUCUGUACCUGAACUACCCACACACCAAACA